CGAGCCUGCCUCAGGCAGCAUGGCGACCAGAGACUCCAGCGCGAGCGACAGAAAGACCGGGACCUUGAGCACCGCUGUGCACGAGCACCUUCGGAAGCUGUGUCUGCGUGAAUUCCCGUGUGGCACCGGGAGCUGGAAUAAGUCACGCUUUCUUCCUCAAAGAUGGCGAACCUGGAGGGAGUUGGUCCCCAAGGAGGAGGAGACAGUGAGCGCCCAGGAAGAGACUGUGGAGACCCUGCUGGGCUUGGUCCGCAGCACCCACUCUCCCUGGGUUUUGAUGAAGGACUCCAGUGCUGAGGACCGUUUCCUGAGAGAACUGGCCAUCCAGCAUCCACUGAUGAUCAAAGACGCUUUCUUCUAUUCCUAUUUCCGGUCCCUGCGGGUGGUGGACAAGGGGGUGAAUCUGGUGGAUAAAGACCUCUUGAAAUUUCUCAAGCUGGAGGAGUUGAUUCUGAGUGCCAAUGAAAUUGAGGAAAUCGAUGCCAAUAAUCUGCCCCCAACAUUGAAGGUGCUGGAGCUGUACGGCAACCUGAUCAGCAGCAUGGAGUGUCUGUGCUCACCCGCACCCCCGAACCUGCAGCACCUGGGGCUCGGCCACAACAAGCUGCUGGGCCCUUUGCAGAGUCUGUAUGUCACCUCCAACAACUGGCCCAAACUCGUCUCCCUGGACCUGGGCUUCAACGACUUGACCGACCUUCAGAGCAUGAUAGGGGGGCUCCGCACCCUGCAGCACCUGAGGCUGCUAGUGCUGCAGGGGAACCCACUGGCCCUGGUGCCAUACUACCGUGGCUUCACCGUGGACAGCCUGACGCGCCUCUGUGUGCUGGAUGACGUCACCGUGUCCCCCAGCGAGAAGCACCAGUUUCGGGGACUCAGCAUCCACGGUGACAUGUUGGCACGGGAGGCACAGUUUGUGGUGACCAUUGGAAAUGUCAGGGGGGUGAUGGAUACCUCUAUCUUGGACCCGGAGCCGGGACCUGAUGGCCCCUUCAUCAGCUACAGCUAUUAUGUGACCUAUGACUUCGUGGAGGACGAAGAAGGCGAAAGGAACGCCUUCGCCAGCGCCAUGGCCGAGAUGCAGCCUGACAGUGUUCUGGCUGAGAUCGAGCCCUCCUCCAGCACCGUGCAGUUAGAUGAGGAGGGUCACGAGGAGGGCCAGCAGGAGGACCAACCUGAGGUUCUGUUGGCGGGCCGCCCCGCCGGGCCCCAGCGCCCAGCCCGCCAGGGCCCGGUCCGCCAGCCCCGCCCGGGGGGCCGUCAGAAGACUCGCCAAGAGUCUCCCAAGGACAUGUCCCAGGAGAUGUCUGAGUUUAUAGCUGAGAUGAAUCUGAUGGCCGAGGACUCCGGAGAGUCUGGGAUAACGGAUAUGGAGGAGUCGGAGACGACCAUUUCCAUCCGCUCUGCCCCGCUGCCGCAGUCCAUUGACUCUUCCGAAGAACUGUCAAAGCUGCGGCCACGCAUAGAUGCGCGGCUCUGUCCGUCCCCAGGGACAGUCCUCUUCAGCACCGUCCGAAAGCCCUGGACCGACGUCAUUCCUUGCAACUAUGAGAUGAAGCAUACCCUCAAGGAGCUGGUGCGGGUCAAGGCCUUCCUGCUGGCCGGGACCACCGUGACCAUCGUGGAGGAGAAGAUUCUCUCCUGGCCUGUGUUGCCAACCCCGGUCGAGAGUCCCUUGCCCGCCAAGAGUCCCUUGCCGGACAAGAAGGGGAAGGACGACAAGAAAGGGAAGGACGACAAGAAAGGGAAGGACGACAAGAAGGGGAAGGACGACAAGAAGGGGAAGGACGACAAGAAAGGGAAGGACGACAAGGGGAAAGGGAAAAAACAGAAGGCAGAGGAGGCGGCCAAGGUCGCGGAUAAAAAGGCGCCCAAGAAGAAGAAGGAGCCGCCCCGGGAACUGCGCCAGGACCCGCCCGUGCUGCGCGUGCUGGGUAGCGGCCUGGUCUACCUGGAGCCCUUGCUGGCAGGGGAGACGGCGGUGACCACCGUGUGUAAUUUCGGGGUGGUCCGCACCCUGGAGUCUGACAAGUUGACGAAUGCCAGGGAUUCAAAGAAGAUAAAGAAAGGUCCCAAAAAAGAAAAGUCAAAAACGGCAGUUCCAGCCUUCGAAAGCGUGUACCAGCCGGAGCCCCUGACCGUGGAGGUCCAGAUCCAGCUGCAACAGUACCGCUCGGGGGAGGAAGCAUUCCUCAGCCUGGUUGACUAGCUGGGGAGAGUAAAGAAAGGCUGCUCUGCGGCCGGAGCUUGGCUGUCUGUGUAGCGGCUGAUCUGGGGAAAGGGGCGUGGCGAGGAGCGCUGCAGCGGCUACCAAUGCACCGAGGCAACCGCGGACGGAGAGCAUGGUGGGGCGGGGCCUCGGGCUCCGCCCCCGCCGGGAACCCCGCCCUUCCACGUGGCCCCGCCCCCUGGCGUCCCGCCCAGAAGAGUCUCGCUAUUGCUCCAUUUGGAGCCCGCCCCCGCGUAUUGCUCCUCCCCCCGGAGCUCCGCCUUCGCCUGGCCCCGCCCCCGAAGCCCCGGGGCCCCGCCCCUGAAGCUCCGCCCAGCAGGGUUACCUAGCGCACACGGUGAGAAGCCGCGCAGGCUCUGCAGGUGCGCGGUCCCCACGGGAGCUUAGGUAGGUCUUGGGUGGGGGCGUGAGGUCACGCGGCCUGCGGCGCCCGGAUCCCGUUACCGGGAGGGACGGGGACCGCACCCUGCGGGCGCCUCUGCUGCCCGGCUUUCUGUCGCCCCUCGGUCUCGGGUCUGCUCCCGGCGGUUGCCCGGACGCACCGCGCUGCAGGCGGAAAGAAUGGAGCUGACCCGGGCCCUGAGGCUGCCGACAUCCCCAGGGCGAGGGCGCGCGGAACCCGGGGCGAGUGGUACGGUGGGAGGAUCCGGCCCCGCGGGACGGAGAUUCGGACAGGGAAGUGGGCUUUUCGGGGACUUUGGGUGGGUGUGGGGUGCUGCGGCGUGGGAGGGGGCUGCCAGGUCAAGGGAGAAACCAGAGCGCCCCUCGCGAGGUGAGCGGCGCGGACGGCAGCGGACUUGGCACAGCCGCGAUCCAUUUCGCACACCUGAGAUCCUGGAGCAGUUACGGCUCCCCGGGCCCCCACAUCUCCGCGAGGUCCAGCCCCGCUUUGCAGCCUAAGAGCUUUCUAGCAGCCUCGGUCCCCUCCCGCCCCCUGGUCUUUCACAUCCUGAAACCUAAGCCACAGCAAGAAUGACAUUAAAACCGUAGGCACAUAUUUAGUCCUGGGCUCCACCCGCAGGUGUUGCUCCUCCGCCUUGUGGGGCAUCCCCAGCUCUCUCUAAUGAGCAGUGCUCCAGCCCUCCCCACCCCCCAUACGCUCUCCUCAUCCUCAGAUUGUCUGCGUGGCUCCUGCUCCAGCCCGGAGCUUGGCUGCUCUCAGCCUGUCACUUUUUGCUCCCGGGCUUCAAGCACUUGCUCAAAUGUCCCAAGGUCUUGUAACCUUUCCUUCGUCACUUCGUUAGCAUUGUCUGGGCUAUCUCAUGCCUGUCAGGGUGUUCCUAGCUGCUUGGCUAACACUAGGGAUGUUAGGAGAGAUGCUCUGGACAUUUCCAGGGACAACGGGGGCGAGGCUGACCCAGAGAGACGGUUUUGAACAGAAGAAUGGGAAAGAUGCGGUGAUGUGUCUUCAGAGAUUUGGCUGCCACACCUGUGACUGGGGACCCCAUGUGUAGGUGUGGAGCUGGCUCUGGCUGUGGCUCCACGCUUCAGGGGAAGGAGGCAGACCUGUGUGGGGGCUGGGGGUGUGGCUCAGUUGCGGCAUGCCUGCCUCCCAGCACCACAUAACCUGCCUAUGGUCCCAACACUGUCGAGGUGGGGGCGGGACGGUCAGAUGUUUAACAUCUGUGGCUAAACACCAGGGUUGAGGUUAUUGGGGGCAUGGGAUCCUGCCUGGGGGUGGGUGGGGGAAUCAGAAAACUUAUUAGGCAGGGUGCAAGACAAGGCUGGGCCACACCUGGAGGGACAAAAGACAGUAAGGAUGGGAAGUAAGGGUGAGCUGUGUUACCGCAGGCUACUCCGGUGAAUACCAUUCAUCUUUGGGUCACUCUAAGACUUCGUGAACCGGAACUCUAGAGAAAAGGGAGGGUGGCAUGUAGCCCAAGCUGUAGUUCCUUGGGUGAGACCUGCCCCUUCCCCAACCUCCUCUCAAGCUGUCACUUUGUGCUGUGAACCACCAUGGCCUGUUGCCCUGUUAGGAAGUUCCCUCGCCCAAGAGGCCUGGGACUCUGGUGUGUCGGGCUGUAUCACCCAGAAACUCAAUACAGGACCUGCCAGGGGCCAGGCUCACUCUAGGCUUUGGUUCAACGGUUGUGAAUCUGGAAAGCUCAGAACGUUAGGUUUAAGGCUUAUAAUACAUGUGACACAAGACUGAAGCUAAUCUAUUUUCUCUAA